UGUUAGAAUUAGAUCUCGGCGGCGGCAGCAGCAGCAGCAGCAAUGGCAGGCGGCGCGAUAGUGAGGGCGGCCGGGGCGAAGGAGUAUCCCGGGACGCUAACCCUCUUCGUCUUCCUCACUUGCGUUGUUGCCGCCACCGGCGGCCUCAUUUUCGGCUAUGAUAUCGGCAUCUCUGGGGGCGUGACGUCGAUGGAUCCCUUUCUGAAGAAGUUCUUCCCGUCGGUGUACCGGAAGAAGCAGGACGAGAGCACGAACCAGUACUGCACGUUCGACAGCCAGCUGCUGACGGGGUUCACGUCGUCGCUGUACCUGGCGGCGCUGAUCGCCUCCUUCUUCGCGUCGUCGGUGACGCGGCUGUUCGGCCGCAAAUGGUCCAUGCUCGGCGGAGGCUUCAUCUUCCUCAUCGGCGCCGCGCUCAACGGCGCAGCGCAGGACAUCGCCAUGCUCAUCGUCGGCCGCAUCCUCCUCGGCAUCGGCGUCGGCUUCGCCAACCAAUCUGUGCCGUUGUACUUGUCGGAGAUGGCGCCUGCGCGGCUCCGCGGGAUGCUGAACAUCGGCUUCCAGCUCAUGAUCAACAUCGGCAUCCUCUGUGCCAACCUCACCAACUACGGUUCCAACAAGAUCAAGGCCGGGUGGGGCUGGCGCCUCAGCCUCGCCCUCGCGGCCGUCCCCGCCGCCAUCAUCACCGUCGGGUCUCUUUUCCUUCCCGACACCCCUAACUCCCUCAUCGAGCGCGGCCACCCCGACGAGGCCAAGGCCAUGCUCCGCCGCAUACGAGGCACCGAUGACGUGGCCAAGGAGUAUGACGACCUCGUCGCGGCGAGCGAGGAGUCGAGGCACGUGAAGCACCCGUGGGCCAACAUCCUGCAACGCAAGUAUCGGCCGCAGCUCACGAUGGCUAUAUGCAUUCCCUUCUUCCAGCAGGUCACUGGCAUCAACGUGAUCAUGUUCUACGCUCCCGUGCUCUUCAAGGCGCUUGGCUUCGGCGGAGACGCGUCGUUGAUGUCGGCCGUCAUUACCGGACUCGUCCUUCUCAUCUCGACAUUCUUAUCCACCUUCCCAGUCGACAGGCUCGGCCGGCGCAUACUCUUCUUGCAGGGUGGCUUUCAAAUGACCAUAUGUCAGAUCAUAGUGGGAACUCUAAUUGCCAUGAAGUACGGGACCAGCGGAGAGGGCCGCAUCCCAAAGGGGUACGGGGUCAUCGUAGUUCUCUUCAUCUGCAUCUACGUUGCCGGGUUCGCGUGGUCGUGGGGCCCGCUGGGUUGGCUGGUCCCCAGUGAGAUCUUCCCGUUGGAGAUCAGGUCGGCCGGCCAAAGCAUCACCGUGUCGGUCAACAUGCUCUUCACCUUCGCCAUUGCGCAGGCCUUCCUUCCCAUGCUCUGCCACAUGAAGUUCGGCAUCUUCUACUUCUUCGCGGGGUGGGUCGUCAUCAUGACCAUUUUCGUCGCGCUCUUCCUCCCGGAGACCAAGAGCGUGCCCAUCGAAGAGAUGGUCCUAGUAUGGAAGGAACACUGGUUCUGGAGCCGGUUCGUUGCCGACAAGGACGUCCGCAUCGGCGUCGAGAUGACCAAUGCCAGGUCAAAGGAUACCAAUUAACGCCGCAUGAUGGUGAUUUAAAAACCAGAGAAGGGCUCGCGUUGACUAAUUACAGGCUAAAAUCAAAGUUGCAUGUGGAUACUUACUAUUCGCCUACCUACUUGAAGCUUGAUUCCUCACUAUGGAAUUGUUGCCUAUUUAUUCUUGGCUAAAAUAUAUAGGUCCAAUCUUGCCCCGUGAUA